UACCACCCCCUCACUUUGGAGGAAGCACCAGGGCCUGCCCACCAAAUUGUCAUGUGAUGUCUUCUUGUAGCUUCUUGUUCCAGGCUGAAGUUACCAUCAAACAGAUGGGGCUGUGGCUGUAUAUUCUCAUGGUAGCUCUGGGGGGCUUACAGUUUCAGGCCACUGCAGCAGUUCGUUCCUUCAGCAUUGAUUAUGAAAAUAACUGCUUUCUCAAGGAUGGGGUUCAGUUUCGUUAUAUCUCAGGCAGUAUCCAUUACUUCCGUAUCCCACCAGCUUAUUGGAAGGACCGGCUUCUCAAGAUGUACAUGAGUGGCCUCAAUGCUGUACAAAUUUAUGUCCCAUGGAAUUACCACGAACCGCUGCCUGGGAUCUACAACUUUUCUGAGGACAGAGACUUGGAAGGAUUUUUGGACUUAGUGGCCCAAUUAGGGCUAUUGGUGAUAUUGCGUCCAGGACCCUACAUCUGUGCUGAAUGGGAUAUGGGUGGCCUUCCAUCUUGGCUGUUGGCAGAACCAAAUAUUAUUCUCCGUACAUCUGAUCCAGGUUUUCUGCAAGCUGUCAACAAAUGGCUGAAUGUCCUGCUACCCAAGAUAAAGCCCCGUCUUUACCAGAAUGGAGGUAACAUCAUCAGUAUCCAGGUGGAGAAUGAAUAUGGUAGCUAUUAUGCAUGUGACUACAGCUAUAUGCGUCACCUCCUGGCUGUCUUCCGUUUGUAUUUGGGCAAAGAAGUUGUGCUCUUCACAACUGAUGGCCUCAAAGAAUCUGAGCUGCAAUGUGGGACCCUGCAGGAUUUAUAUGCCACUGUGGACUUUGGACCAGAAGUAAAUGAGACACGUGCAUUUGAACAGCAACGUCUGGUUGAGCCAAGAGGGCCACUGGUGAAUUCUGAGUAUUACACAGGUUGGCUGGAUUAUUGGGGUGAGCCACACUCCACAAGAACUACUACAGUUGUGACUCAGGGCCUACAGAAGAUGCUAGAAUUGGGAGCCAACGUCAACAUGUAUAUGUUCCAGGGUGGCACCAACUUUGGUUACUGGAAUGGUGCUGAUUACAAGGACCGCUACAACCCUAUCAUUACUAGCUAUGACUAUGAUGCACCUCUCUCAGAAGCUGGAGACCCUACAGGAAAACUAUAUGCCAUCCGAACCAUCAUUGGCAAGUUUCAGGUAGUGCCUGCAGGACCUAUACCACCCGCUACUCCCAAAUUUUCAUAUGGCUAUGUAUCCUUACCACAGCGUGUGGCCUUUUUGGAUAUUCUAAAUCUUGUCUCGCCUUCUCUGCCUUUCCAUUCUUCCUUCCCCCUCACCUUUGAGGCACUGAACCAGACCCACGGCUUUAUGCUGUACCGGACUGUUCUUCCAGAUGACAUCUUGCAGCCUGUUUUGCUCUCUGUCCUUGAAAAUGGGAUCCAUGACCUUGCCUACGUUUUGCUCAACGGAGAAUAUAAAGGGACACUGGAACGAGACCUAGCGAACGGUGUCAAUAUAACUGGCCAGCUAGGAGAUUCAUUGGACUUGCUGGUGGAGAACAUGGGUCAUAUCAAUUUCGGAGCAAAUAACAGUGACUUUAAGGGUCUGAUCUACAAUGUUACUUUGGGUUCUACCAUUCUCAGUGACUGGCUUAUUUAUCCUCUUGAUAUUGACUCAGCUGUGGCUCACAAAUGGCCUCCAUAUGUCCCACCAAGCCAUAAGACUACAGGACCUACUUUCUAUACUGGAGUCUUCAAAACACCUGGUAUCAACCAGGACACCUAUGUGAAGUUUCCAGGGUGGAGCAAGGGCCAGAUCUGGAUCAAUGGUUUUAACCUGGGCCGUUUCUGGCCAGUUCGUGGACCCCAGCAAACCCUCUUUGUGCCUGGCUUGCUCCUCAGUACCUCAGUCCUCAAUACUGUUGUAGUGCUGGAACUGCAGAAUGCACCAUCAGAUCCAAAGGUACUUUUUCUUGACCGGCCCCUUCUCAAUGGUACUCACAGCAUCACUCACAAAGACAUGAAAUAAGCGGAAAUACUAUCCAACUGUGACAUUGCUGAGACCCAUGGCAUAUUAUGAAGAAACGCAGCUGAAAUCACUGCCUUAUAAGAAUCAAAUGAAUAAAGUAUCAGACUACAACUUAAGCUCUAAUAAACAGCCCAAGUAAACUGCA